AAAGUCUCUCAAUGCAAAGAGUAGAGGGCUGGUUGGAUAUUCAAUCCACAAAGGUGUUGGUCACAUGGCAGAUAUCAGUGGUGUUUAUAGGGAUUUGACACCUUGGAGACAUACUGUUAAUCUGGAACAAAGAACUUGCACAUGUAAGAGAUGGCAGCUCACUGGACUCCCAUGUAAUCAUGCAAUCAGUUUGAUAUGCUCUUAUAGGGGUCUAGAGUUGGAGGAUUAUGUCGACAGCUGCUACUUUGUGUCAAAGUUCAAAUCAGCAUAUGAAGGUUGGAUGGAACCAAUACCAGACAAGAGUAUGUGGCCUCAAGUACAACUAGAAUUCAAGCUGUGGCCUCCAGUACUCAAGAGGGCAGCAGGUAGACCAAGGAGUAGGAGAAUAAAAUCAGUUGCUGAGGGUGGUAGCAAGAAAAGAAAGAGAUGCAAGAGAUAUGGUCAGUUGGGACAUAUGCAAAAAACUUGCAAUGAGACAGUGUAUGACUCAGAUGAUCCACCUCCUGCACAACCAAAACCAAACAGUAACAAAGCCAAGAAGGAGAAAGUAGCAGCCAGCACAAGCACACCUAAAAAUAAGAGGACCAAGAAGGAGAAAGUAGUAGCCAGCACAAGCACACCUAAAAAUAAGAGAACCAAGAAGGAGAAAGUAGCAACCAGCACAAGCACACCUAAAAAUAAGAAGACCAAGCUACAUGCACCAUCAACACCAACUAGCCCAUUUGAUCUAAACUGUAGUCCUGGAGCACUAACUAGGCGCCGAGCUAGGAGAAUUGCAGUGGAGGAGGCUGAGGUGCAUGGAACAAUGGCACUUGACUAUCUAAUGAAUGCCUGAUGCGUGUGGUUGUUUGUUUGUAAUUUUUAAUGGCAAUUAGAUCCCUAAAUGGACUUGUAAUGGCACUGCAACUUGCAUCACGAACUUGCAUCCAGUCAACGUCUUUUGGCAUGCCAAAUUGAUGUAAUUUGGGACAUGUUGUCUCCUCAAAUAUGUUGACUGGACUUGUAAUGGCACUGCAACUUGCAUCAUGAACUUGCAUCCUUACAAUUAUGAUAUGCUAGUCAAUUAUUGUACA